AUGUCUACAAAUCUAAAACUAUUUUUUCAGCUUAUUGUCCUUUUAUUUUUGUUCAAGCAGAACGUUUCGGAGUUUGAAUUUACAAAUAUAAAAUGUAUUUGUUUGGAUGAACAAUUCAGUAGUAUCGAAUAUUGCCUUCUAAAGUCGGUCAAUCGUAGCUACAAAUACAUUUCCCUAAAAGUAAAUUUAUUCAAGGCUCCCGUGACCAAAGUGAAAGUAAACAUGGUGUUGCAUAAACGAUUUAAUGGAUACAGACCUUUCUUAUACAAUUUCACUGUGGAUGCCUGUAGAUUUCUGAAGAAUCCUGCAGCUAACCCAAUAGCUAAUUACUUUUACGGAUUUCUGACAGUCCACACAAACGUAAAUCACACUUGUCCUUUUAAUACUCCCAUUAUUUUCGAUAAAUUGUCGUCCAAUUUUGUUGACCACAGAAUUACCCAUGUUUUACCGUUUCCCGAAGGCGAUUAUCUUUUGGAAACCAAUGUGUAUGUUAAUGAAGUAAAUAGAGUUGUCUUGAAGGUUUAUGGCUCUCUAUCUUAA